CUUUGUUACCGGUUAGUUCCGAAUGACAGGUAUCAAAUAAAGUGGUUUUAAGUUGCGCUAUGUUUACAUACCUGUCAAUUUGUUUACAUUCAAUUAAAAUUUUUUCAUUGAACUUUUCGAAUAAGCUUUUACCAGAACUCGCUUUAUUUGUGAAGGUGUAGAUUUUGUCAGCAAUCAUUUGAAGUAAGGAGAAAAUGUCGCACUACAUAAAUGAAGCGGCUCACAUACUGCACGCGCACCCCGAUAGUUCCUAUCAUCAAUCGAAACCCUUAAAUAUGGAUACGAAAUUACAAGAAAGUAAGGGAUCUUUUUGCAUAGACGCUCUAUUAUCGCGUAAUGAUGAUCGUCCGAAUACCCCCGAUACAUCUCGAAGUAUAUCACCAUCAUCCACAAGAAGUAGAAGUCCACCAAUUUCGCCGGGAAGCGAAGAAAUUCCCCCCACCUCGUUUGUACCAAGGCCGGGACUUUUAAAUCACAUUUAUCCAAAUGGUGGACUGUACGGUUACCAAAGUCAGCAUCAUGUGCAAAGUUCAGCCUUUCACACUUUGGACGGUUCGAUGGUUCAAAAGCUUCAAAUUCCCAUCAAUCACCAUAGUCCCAGUCAAUUGCAGCAAAUGCAGUUGGAGUGGCUCGCGCGGACGGGGAUGUUUUAUCAAAGACUCCCGGACCUAACUGGUUGUGCACCGGGACAUGCAAUUUUAGGAAAAACUCGCCGACCUCGCACCGCGUUUACUUCACAGCAGCUUUUAGAGCUGGAGAAACAAUUCAGACAGAAUAAAUACCUAUCGAGACCAAAACGCUUUGAGGUCGCAACGAGUCUAAUGCUAACCGAAACACAGGUGAAAAUAUGGUUCCAAAAUAGAAGAAUGAAAUGGAAACGAAGUAAAAAGGCCCAACAGGAAGCGAAAAUUGGCAAGGACGACAAUGUGAGCGAAAAAAGGCAAUUAAGCACAAGCUCCUCAGUUACGAAACCAAGCUCUUCAUCUAGUCAAGACGUCACCGAUCCAGUACCAAGUACGCAAACUGAAUCACGUCGAAUUCAAGACGAAUCCCUUUACAGACCCUACGUAGUGUAAUGAAUAGCCUAGUCACAAAGUAAGUCGGGUUUUUCUGUACAGUACUGGUGCAAUUUUAACAAAAGAGACAUUAUAUUGUGAUGAUAAGAGAAAGAGAAUUUAUUUCUACGUGAAUGACGAUGUAAAUAAUGAUAGAUGUAAAAUUGAUUGCUGUAAGUAAUGAUAUACGAAGCUGAGGAGUAAUUUAUUUUUGUUUCCACUUGUGUCAAGCCCUGUAAAUAUUUUUCAAGUUCCUAUCUGUAAAAUGGCUCAAUUAAGGAAAUAAAUUGUUUGAAACUCUAA